GAUUCCUCCGCACACAUGCUCGCACAAUCUACGUCAGUCGCCAGUGAAUUGAAAUCACACAUCAUCUCACCAGUCGAGUUUUUGCUAAAUUCUCAACCGGACGGACCGGAGGAGGAUCACACGGGAAGUUGGACCAGCAUCAUGGAUUUGUACUACAUGCCACUAUCGGCCCCGUGCCAAUCGGUUCGGUUGCUAGCCAAAGCCAUGAAUCUUCAUCUGAACUUAGCCUACUUGGAUCUGUUCAAAGAGGAACACAUGAAACCGGAAUUUUUGAAGAUAAAUCCGCAACAUGUCAUUCCGACGCUGGUCGACAACGACUUUGUACUGUGGGAGUCCCGUGCCAUUCUGAUCUACCUGUGCGAAAAGUACGGCAAGGGAGACGCAUGGUAUCCGCGUGAUCCGAAGAAGCGUGCCAUCGUAAAUCAGCGGCUGUACUUCGACAUGGGUACCCUGUAUCAACGGUUUUCCCAGCACUACUACCCGGUCAUCUUCGAGGGUAAACAGUUCUCCGACGAGACAGCACAACGGAUGGAGGAAGGUUUCGGCUUUCUCGAGACGUAUCUGGACGGGAGUGUGUACGUUGCCGGGGAUAGUUUGACCAUCGCCGACUUACCCAUACUGGCAACUAUCACGACGAUCAAACUGGCCGCCGGAUUAGACUUGGCCAAGUAUCCAAACAUUCAACGCUGGUAUGCUCAGAUGUCCACCGAAGUAGCCGGCCACGAUGAGAUUUGUGUACGUGGUGCGCAAGAGUUUGCCCCGUUUUUCUCAUCCGCUCGCAAGUCUCUCGAUCCAUGAAUCGCAAUAGGCGAGAUAUGACUCAGCAAAUUUAAACGAAAUAAAGCCAUUCCUCGACGAGGUUUACGUGUGAUAAGAUAA